GUGUUUGUAUUGGUUAUUCAUUUGUUUUUUAAAAAUAAUAUUGCUAUUCUUAAAACUCAUUUCCAAUCAUUUUAAUCACGACUCUGAAUUUUUCCGAGGGUACAAAAAUACAAUAGAAUAAAAAAACACGACGAAAAUAGUAAACAACAUCCAAAUAAUUUUUCUGAGGGAAAAACAUUAUUUUGUUGGUAACACGUCAUUUGAUAAAUAUUUUGAAGUACGGAUGAAGUCAUGCUGCGUGCUGCGCUGGAGCUGGAGGAGCUGACGAGCGCGCUGCGCGGGUACUUCACCGCGCUGCGCGAGGUGCAGCGCGCGUGGCAGGGGCAGCUGGCGGAAUGUCGGGACCCUCUGCGUGUCCUGCUCGCUCGCCUGGAGGAGCUGCGGCUGGUGCGCAGCGUGGAGGACGAACGGAUCCCGGCUCAGGAAAAAAACAAAGUGAUUGGCAAACUGAAGUUGUGUAUCGAGGAAGAAAUCAAGAUUUUGCAGUUAGCACUCGCACAGCUGCACGCGAGGGUGGCGCACCUGCGAGAGCUGCGCGUGCGUGUGGACGGCUGCGUGCAGCAACUGGGCUGGAGCCGCCUGGCGCAGUGCGACCACUUCCUGCGCGGCAGUGGCGCCACGCCCGCCCCUGUCGCGAUGCUGGAGUGGGUCCACGACUCCUGCCUCUACUACCAGCAGGCAAUUCUACGUAUAAACAACACACUUUCCGUUAUUGUUGAAGAUGACGAUGCAUCUCGGUGCAACUUGAAAUCUGCUUUCCAAGAAGAAGAUGAGUCUAAAAAACAGCUACAAGGAUGUGUCGUGCAGCGCGGUCCGGGGAGGAGCACGGCCGCGGCUUCACCUCGCCCUCGCCACAGCGCUUCGCUAGUGACGUGCAUCGAGCACAAUGUGAGACAUUUGUGCAGGAAUGUUGGCACGCACGUACUUCUUCGAGCAGGAGAGUGGCCGGCAGUGUCCGCCCCGGUGAGGAUGCCACGGACCGCCGCUACUGCAGUUUCCAGUCACAUGCUGAACAAACCUCAUGAAACAGCGUUGAAAUUUUAAACUUAAUUUUUGUAUUUAUAAGCUGAUUUUAUGCCUUUUGUAUGGUUGUUUAUAAAGGAACUAAGUUUUCAGUUUUAAUUCAGAA